AUGGCAAAUAAACAGGCUAUCGAGCGGUGCCUGGACGCACUCCUAUCAAGUGGACCGGAAUAUCUCGCCGAGCUAAACAGUGACCGUGUUGCAUUCGCUCAUGGGACAAAUGGUUCACACAGACAACAUGUACAAAAAUCCCAUGAUUCGCGCAAGAAGCUCAUCGAUGCCGCUACCAGGCUUAUUCAACUUCUCACUGGCCCUGAGGAAUAUUUGGACCACCUGGCAAAUAGCUACCAAGAGCUGACUUGUGUGCGAUGGCUCCUCGAUCUCGAUGUCUUAAAGCAUCUGCCUCUCGAUGGAAGUUCCAUCGAUUACUCCCACCUAGCAUCGAAGGCCAAUGUCCCCGAGGGCCAUCUGAAAAGUGUGUCACGAAUGGCGGUCGUCAAUGGCUUCUUGGAAGAAUCCAAAUCCUCUUCGCCUGGUAUCUCACACACUCUUGCCUCAGCCCAGCUGGUCCAAGAUGAGAGCUUUGUGGCUUGGGCACGCUGGAUGCUGGACUACUCUAUGCCUGUGGCUUACAAGUUUGCUGACGCCACUCGUACCUGGCCCAAAGCCGAAUCUAAAAACGAGGUGGCUUUCAAUUUGGCCAUGGACACUACGGAUAAUUUCUUUGAUUAUCUUAAAAAGACGCCAGAUAUGACUGCCUUGUUCUCGGGCUACAUGCGCAGUGUCACUGCGUCACGACCUUGGAGCCUUCAUCAUGCUGUUCAAAGCUUCGACUGGGGUAGUCUUCCCAAAGGUGCCAAGGUCGUCGACAUUGGCGGCUCACACGGCCAGCUUUGCGUGGAGGUCGCAAAAGAAUUCAAGAACUUGGAAUUCAUCGUCCAGGAUCUACCCGAGGCGGUAGAGACGGCACGUCAGUCAUUCAACACAGAUACCAACAUCGACCCUGGGAUGAAGUCUCGAAUAAAGUUCAUGUCACACGACUUUUUCCAGCCCCAGCCAGUAGUAGACGCACAUGUCUACUUCUUGCGGAUGAUCAUUCAUGAUUGGCCAGACAAGGAAGCGCUUGUCAUCUUGAAGCAUCUUCGCCGUGUACUUGAGCAAAACCCGGUCGCCAAAAUCGUCCUGAUGGACACGGUUCUACCUCGGCCAGGAACCACAACUUGCCGGCAUGAACAACGGCUCCGAGUCAGAGACCUGAUGAUGCGACAGGUUUUCAACUCUCGCGAACGAGAAAUGGAAGAAUGGACCGCACUACUUGAUCAGGCGGGGUUGGGUCUCUCUAAUGUGACAAUGCCGGACGACAGCGUAAUGGGUGUGCUGACUGCGCAUCUGAAAGACAUCGAGCCAUCAGCCAGGAUGAGACACCAAUCACAAAUUAAGCCCCAGGCCACUGAAGAUCUCAAUGACCAGCCAGUGCUCAUUGUUGGGGCUGGGAUCAGCGGUCUAUGCCUGGCUCAAGCACUGAACAAAGCCCGGAUACCUUUCCGUGUUUUCGAGCGCGACGCCGCCCUGGACUCGCGGCCCCAGGGCUAUCGACUCAAACUUCAGGCCGACGCGUCCAAGGCACUUGCGGAAAUUCUGCCUGAGGAUAUUUAUCAAGAAUUCCAGACGUCAUGCGCUAUACUAAGCGUAGGGGAAACAAACUUCAGUCCCUUCAGCGGCAACAUUACACACAGUCGUUCCGGAGGUGGAUUGAGUGGCUCUCUUGGUCUAUCUCCGACAUACACAGUUGACCGAGCAACAUUUCGCAGGACCCUGACAAAGGGAAUCUCGGAUCGUGUUACUUUCAAUAAGGACCUUGACAAAUUCACCGUCGACGAGCACUCGAACAGGGUUUCAGUAAAGUUCAAAGACGGCGAAGUGGUUCAUGGACGAUUUAUCGUUGGCGCUGACGGACUGCAUUCCGCGGUCCGACGGCAGUACCUGCCGUCCCAUUCUUUCAAAGACACAGGGGCAAUAUGCGUCUACGGCAAGACACAAAUGACUCCUGACCUCCUCAAAAGCUUCCCUGAGAAGGGCCUGCGUUGGAUGACGGUUGUGUCUGACAGCGCUCCCAUGCUGCAGUCCUGCAUAAUAGGCGAGACGCCUGUCACACUCCUCCUGGAGCCCAUCCGUUUCAGCCAGAGCAGCCGUCAGGCUCAUGGGCAGCGGCUGCCAGAAGACUACGUGUACUGGGCCCUAAUCGGGCCGGAGAAGCGUUUUCCACUCGGCGGUCAAGGGCAAAAUGGGCUCGGUGGCGUGCACGCCUCGCCAAAGUCUACACUGAUCCAGCGACAAGGUGCGACUGGCCAUUCUUGUCAAGCAUCUAGUCUGGCAUUACAAGUCACGACAGAGUGGCACCCAUCGCUGCGCUCGGUCUUGGAGCUGCAAGAUACCUCCCAGGCUACACUUAUCCGUGUGGCGUCUCAGGUCGCUGAAGUUCCUGUUUGGGAGCCUUCAGCUUGGGUGACCUUGCUCGGCGAUGCGAUCCAUCCAAUGAGCCCCUGCGGAGGUGUCGGCGCAAAUACCGCAAUCUGCGAUGCGGCCAGUCUUGCGAAGGUGCUUGUCGCAUGGAACGGUUCACCUGUGGAAAACAGUGUGGGGGCCUUUGAGUCAGAUAUGAGGAGGCGUGCGCAUGUCAGUAUUGUGCGUAGUGAGAUUGGUUCCAAGAAGAUGUUUGGUUUGAAGUCGCUGGCUGAAUGUCAGAUUUGGACGGGGUUGUGA